UGAUUUGGAAUUUUACUAAUGUAUUCUUUUUAGAUGUAGAAAUGUGAAUGUGGGAGUGCACGUCCUCGCUGUUCCUGCGUUUGACGUAAAAUAGCAGAAGCGGACAGUACCCAUGGAGACUGCGAGUGCCCCGAUCUCCAAUGCAGUGACUGUUGCAUAGAGACUGAGCAAAAAACUGUGGAUUUCAAGGUUGAUGCACUGAAUGACAGACGGGCUAUUCUAAGCAAGAUGCACCUCUCUGCCGCUCUCCUACAUGAUCGUAGCUGUUGUUGAAUAAUGGUGUUUAUGAUUGUCUUCUCAUUUUAACAGGAGGAAACGACUGUUCAGAGCCACAUCUGGGAGACAUGGGGUGGGCUACUGACAUCAAAGAAGAUCGUUUCACGUCAAACUCUGAAGUCCAGAGCUGUUUGGGUUAGAAAGGUGUAGAGCUGGAAAACAUCUGGAUGUACGAUGCAUUUUACUUGCUCAUGUAUUUUAUUGUGAGAGCAUAGCAGCCAUCGCCCUUCAAUGCAUCAUCUGAAUGGAAAUAUGGACACUAUCAAUGGAGGAUUUCUAACUCAACAUGUCCAGGAACUAUGAGCCUGCUCACUCAGUAGGAAUGUUGGCCGCCGUGGAACACGGCCCCAUCCUCUGCAGCGACUCCAACAUCCUCUGCCUCUCGUGGAAGGGCCGGGUACCCAAGAGUGAAAAGGACAAGCCGGUGUGCCGGAGGCGGUACUACGAAGAGGGCUGGCUCGCCACGGGGAACGGAAGAGGAGUUGUUGGGGUGACGUUUACAUCGAGUCACUGCAGGAGGGACAGGAGCACGCCGCAGAGAAUCAAUUUCAAUCUGCGUGGACACAACAGCGAGGUUGUCUUGGUGCGUUGGAAUGAACCCUUUCAGAAGCUGGCCACCUGUGAUAUGGAAGGAGGUAUUUUUGUAUGGAUCCAGUAUGAAGGGAGGUGGUCUGUAGAGUUGGUGAACGACAGAGGAGCCCAGGUGAGUGACUUCACCUGGUCACAUGAUGGCACUCAAGCCCUCAUCGCGUACCGGGAUGGCUUUGUGCUGGUCGGCUCGGUCAGCGGACAAAGACACUGGUCCUCAGAGAUUAACCUGGAGAGUCAGAUCACCUGUGGCAUCUGGACGCCUGAUGAUCAGCAGGUCUUGUUUGGUACAGCAGACGGUCAGGUUAUAGUGAUGGACUGUCAUGGACGAAUGCUCGCUCACGUCUUGCUGCACGAGUCCGACGGGAUCGUGAGCAUGUCCUGGAACUGCCCGGACUUCCUGGUUGAGGACAGCACAGAGAGCGACACAGACUCUGAUGACAAUAUUCUGCCUUUAGUGCGGAGAGUCAAGCCUUUGUUGACAGUCACCUUCUUAUCAGGAGACAUCAGUUUAAUGAACAGCUAUGACGACCUCUCUCCUGCCGUAAUCCGCUCAGGGCUGAAAGAUGUUGAGGCCCAAUGGUGCUCCCAGGGCGACCUGCUGGCUGUGGCCGGCAUGGAGAGACACGGGCUUCCUGUCGACUCUGCCUGCUCGUCCGUCACGAGGAACGCCCUCGUUAAGUUCUAUAAUGUCCAAGGAGAGCACAUCUACACUUUGGAAACACCAGCGCAGAGACCCAUCACCACCAUCUGUUGGGGUCACAGAGACUCUCGUCUUUUCCUCGCAUGUGGCCCGGCCCUGUACGUGGUGCGUGUGGAGCACAGGGUGGCCAGCCUACAACUUUUAUGCCAGCAGGGCAUCGCCAGCGCCCUGAGAGAGGAGAAAGAUGUGGGGAAACUGAACAUGCCCUCGCUGCUCUGCUCUUAUGUCACCACUGCAUUUAUACCCACCAUCAAGCCCCCAAUCCCUGACCCCAACAACAUCCGCGACUUUGUCAGCUAUCCCACAGCAGGGAAUGAGAGGCUCCACUGCACCAUGAAGAGGGCCGAGGACAGCCCUGAGACAGGCGGACCCUGCUACACGUUGUACCUAGAAUAUUUAGGAGGACUGGUGCCUAUUCUAAAAGGAAGGCGCAUCAGUAAAUUACGGCCUGAGUUUAUCAUUAUGGAUCCAAAAAUGGACAGCAAAGCAGAGGAGGUGUGUGUGAAUCCCAUGAUCUCAUACGCUGACAGCUGUAACUGCUCUGACUCCAGUGACAUUGAGUUGAACGAUGAGUGGGUCGGGAAGAAGUCCCCAAAGUUAUCUCGAGGAAACAGGAUGAACUUGGAAUCAAGAAAAUCCCCCAAACUUUCACGCAUCAAUCAGGAAGGCCAACGAUCACCACGGUUACCAAUGAGAAAGCCUCCAGUUCGGUCUCCCAGUCUGACACGUCGAGACUUUUCUAUGGAUGGGAUCACAGAGCACAACUACCUUGCUCAAGUCACAUCCAACAUUUGGGGGACUAAAUUCAAAAUCGUCGGACUCGCUUCUUUUCUCCCUGCCAAUCUUGGUGCAGUCAUCUAUAAGACAAGUUUGCUUCAUCUACAACCACGGCAGAUGACAAUCUACCUUCCAGAAGUGCGAAAGAUUUCUCAUGACUUCAUGAGCCUGCCUGUGUUCAACCCCAACGUGUUCAGUGAGGAUGAGGAUGACUUACCAGUGAUGGGACCAUCUGGAGUGGCGGGAGACAAUCCACCCUGUACCGUCAACAUCCCCAUUGCUCCCAUCCACAGCCCGGCUCAGGCAAUGUCUCCAACUCAGAGUAUCGGCCUGGUUCAGUCUCUUCUGGCCAAUCAGAACAUCCAGCUUGAUGUCCUGACCAACCCCACAGCCACUGCAGCAGCUGCAGCCGCAGCCGCAGCCGCAGCCGCAGCUUCUGUCCCUGUGACCGAUCAUGGGCCGGAUGCAGUUCCAUCCCCGUAUCCAGUGCAAAGUAGAUACUCAAACCCUGGUCAAGUGAUCUUCAAUGGGCUGGAGAUGGGUCCUCUCCUUCCUGGUACACUUCCUCCCCCACCUCCACCUCACCAUCUCCCACCGCAGCCUCACCCGCAGCGGUCCCAUUCACAGCAGCCUCGCCAACUGCCUUCCAAACAGUCACAGCAGAUGCAGACGCAGCCGCAGAAAAUACAUCAUCAUCAACAGCAGCAGCAGCAGCAACAACAGCAACUCCAUCAUCAGUCGCAAUCACAGCAGCAACAGCAGCAAUUACAGCAGCAACAGCAGCAAUUACAGCAGCAACAGCUGCAGCAGCAGCAGCUACAGCAGCAACACCAACAGCUACAGCAGCAACAGCAACAGCUACAGCAAUUGCAGACGCUGCACCAACAGCAGCAGCAACAACAUCAACAACACCAGGUUCAGCAACACCAACAACUCCAACAAAAUCCGACGCACCAACAGUUGCAUCACCAACAGCAGAUCCAGCAGCAGCAACAACAGAUGCAGAUGCAGCACGAGCAGAUGCAGCAGCAGCAGCAGCAAAUGCAGCAGCAGCAGCAGCAGAUCCGCCAACAGAUCCAGGAGAUGAGGCAGCAGCAGCAGCAGCUCCAGCAGCAGCACCAGCAGAUCCAGCAGCAACAUCAACAGAUGCAGAGGCAGCACCAACAGAUGCAGCAGCAACUGAAGAUGCAGAUGACGCUGCCCCCUCCUCCGUCCGGCUAUCCUACCAUUUCGUUACACCAGAUUCAUCUCCUGCCUCCCCCUCCAACCACUGAGCCCGGUUUCAGCAGAGGGGAGCACGCACACACUCUUAAGCCCAGUCUGCCGCGGACUUUGCCUCCCUUCACUGAGAUGGAUGGAACGAUGGAGAUUCAGAUGAGGAAGGCGAAUCCUCCUCCCCCUUACCCGGGCACCGCGGUGUCUGUGGCGACGGCCACUGCCGUCACCCCACCCCAAACCCUCGUAACAAACUGUGACAGCCCGAGCGUCCUGUCGUCGGACCUUUGCCUGAAGAAGGACGAGUUUUUGCUUCACCCCGUCACGUUACAGUACCCGACACCUCUGGGGUACGAAAGGAUCACAACCUUUGACAGCAGUGGCAACGUUGAGGAGGUUUGUCGGCCCCGCAGGCGCCUCGUUCGCAACCAAAACGCGUAUGCUGCGCACGGCAUCGGAGGCUCGGCCACGCUCAAAGUCACGUCCUCUGAGAAUAAAAAAAUUCAGCUUCCCUACAGCUCGGCGACAUUGAGUCGUCUCUCUGUCCCCCGAUACUCAAUACCUAGUGGAGACCCACCUCCUUACCCCGAUUCGGCCAAUCAAGUCACUGCGACACUUCCUCCUCCGCAGAGAAUCGACAACAGUCUGAUUCAUGCCACUCUCCGCCGCGACCGAAGGGACGUGGGACUCAAAGUUCCACAGAUGAUGGAAAGCUCGAGGACCCUCCCCACCAAGGCUAAAAUGAACAGUGCCCUAGCACUUACCUACCAAUCGAGGGUGCCCACAGCGUUGUACACAUGCACACAGUGCAGCAGCAACAGCAGCAGCACCAGCGUCAGCGUUAGUGGGGGGGGGACUACAAGCAGUGGCAUCGCAGGCGGCACGGUGGUGAGGCAGGACUUUCCACCGGGGAAAGGAGCCCAUCACAGCACCAUUAUCGUGCACUCCAAAAGCACCUCACCCAUGAACUCUCAAUCGUCUUACAGCCUGCUGAGUGCUGUGGACAACAGCAGGGACAGAACGGUGUACGUCAACUCCGCCUUCACCGAAGAUGAGACUUUGAAUCAGCAUUGUCACCUUGAGAAAUCCGUACGUCAGCUGACUCUCGGCGACGUCAGUUUGACAGUCAAACGCCCUCCGCCUUACCAGUGGGACUCCUCCACCACAGAGGAGUUCUGGCUCACUCCAGAGCAAACAAUGUUGGGUCCCCCACCAGGACCUCAUAAACCGCCUCCGCUCAUCAUCAGUCAAGCUCAGCACUUGGACGUGACUCGGCUUCCGUUUGUCCUCACGACUAAACCUCCAACCAGUCAGACCACGAGCACGCUUACUUUCCCGUCCGGUUACCAGAUAUCCCUCUCGCCUUUCCCUCCGGGUGUGGGUCACGGUGCUCCUCCACUUCAGACCUUACAGAACCCUCUACCGGGUGACGUGGUUGGCUCAGUCCCUUUUUCCCAGCAGGAGCCCAACUUGGUCUUGCCACCAGGCUAUCCUCCAAGCCUCGCUAACUUGGCCUGCUGCCCCCUCCCUCCGAUGUAUCCAGGGGCCAGCUCGUGUGCAGGACUUCAGCUGCACCCAGUCAGCCUCCACCCCUGGAACCCUUACCCCUGCCCGCCUCCCAUGCAAGACCCUCCAGCACCUCCCCUCCCGACCAAAACUCAUCAGAUUUUAGAGAAGCCCAUCCUGUCGCCACCUCCUCCUUCCGGUCCUCCGCCCCCACCGCCUCUCCCUCCCCCUCCUCCACCUACGGAGCUACCACCGUCCAAAAGUUCCACAGAGGAUCUAGCAGAGUCCGCCAACAACUUUCUGGAAUCGUCCUCUCUGAAUGACAGCCCCGUGCCACAGGAGGCCGAGCGCUUCAACAAGAAGAGCCGCAAAAGACUGGACAGCAGAGCCGAGGAAGCCAACAUGACCACCGUCUCUGAGGGCAAAUCUAGAAAGGAGGGGCGCGCGCUCUCCGACUUCAACUCUCUCAUAUCCAGCCCGAGGCUCGGCAGCAGAGAGAAGAAGAAGCCCAAGGGCCAGAGAGAGCAGCUCAACAAAACCAAGAAGAUGAGCCGGACCACCGCUGAGUUCCAGGACAGCUCAGAGAGUGAGCCGGAGCUGUUCAUCAGCGGCGAUGAGCUCAUGAACCAGAACCAGAGCAGCAAGAAGAGCUGGAAGAACAAGCGCAGCCUGCGCAUGGCGAGUGAGCUGGAGGAGAUAAAGUGCCGCAAGGCCAACGAAAGAGAGGACCGUAGUUUGGGAAGCCAAGGGUUCGUCUACGUUAUGGCCAAUAAACAACCGUUGUGGAACGAAGCCACCCAGGUCUACCAGCUCGAUUUUGGAGGACGAGUCACACAGGAAUCGGCAAAGAAUUUUCAGAUUGAGCUGGACGGUAGACAGGUAAUGCAGUUUGGGCGAAUUGAUGGGAAUGGCUACAUCUUGGAUUUCCAGUAUCCUUUCUCAGCAGUGCAAGCAUUCGCUGUUGCUUUAGCCAACGUGACUCAAAGACUUAAAUGAAAGGGUUUGGGGUUUUUCCUGUUGCUAUUGAUCAAUUGAAAACAAGCCACAAUUGCUGAACACCCCGAUGUGUGGGGACAGCUGGGAGAGUGCCGAUGUUGUGGUGAUUCCUUUUAACACACAAGAUGGUUCUUGUGUUGAAUGCAACAUCAGUGUAGGGUGAUGGAGACUACACCAGUUAUUCCAUCAGUUUUACUUCAUGUAAUGAAUGUACACAAACUAAUUCUAUUUAUUUAGAUGUUAUAAAGUGAAGUAAAAAUAUGAACCUUUCCUGGAUAAUCAAAAGGUUUAUAAGGUACAUGUUGAAAUAGAUUUUAACAGCAGUGUGGAGGUUUAGGACUGUAUGUGGUGCCAAAGACCCUUCCCUCUUAAAAUGAUGGCUAAUUAUAUGUAUAUUUGAUUAAUGUUUGUGAUUAAAUAUAAAAUUUAAAAUACCUUCAUCUAUAGUAUAGUAUAGGCUGUCGAAGUUGCAAAUACAUGACCUAGCCAUACAAUUUCUGGAACUUACCAAGUCCUAAACCAUCCAUAAAGUUAUAUGUUUUUAUUAUAAAUAUCAAACGUUUUUCCCCCAAUACCUGUAUUUAUAUCAUCAUUCUUCAUUCAAUUCCUAUUUGUUAAACACUGAUCUGAUUCUUUUUUUUUAAAUUAUUUCAUUAUUUUCAAAUUCCUGAACAUCAAACGGAUGAAUAUGUUCCGUAUUUCCGUAAUUGCGUGUAAAGUGUUGACUACAUUUUAUCAUAAUUUGUCUAUUUUCUAUUUAUGAUACCUAUAGAAGGUGUGCAAUUAACAUUGUAAAUCCUUUAAUUUUGGCCACAAUGCUGCAAAUCAUUUUUUCUGUCAAAGGCUGUUGUGAGCUGAUAAUGUAUCAUUUUUUAUUGAGUCAAUUUACACAUUCCUUUUCAUUUCAAUGACCCCUUUGUACAUUUCCGAGUGGUCUACAGUAACCUUAUAUGUGCCAAAUCUAGUCUAUAAGCUUUUGGCUUGAAAUAAGACAGUGGGGGAGACAGGCGUAAAAAUACGUCAUCCACACUAAUAAAAAAGUGCAUAAGCGCUGAGAUCCGCUCAGAUAAUCUGAACCGUGGUUGGCUCUGUGUUGUUUUCUGUUGGUGUUUAUGACGCUGCUACGUACAUCAGUAGUUUGCCUUUUUGGAAACCAGUGCUGCUUUUAGAUAUAUAGAGCUUGUGUGCAAUAACGCUACUUAGAAAUGGUGUUGUACUUGGGCAACAGAAAAAUACAAUGCUGCUUGCACUGUGUAUUUAGUAAAUUACUUAACAUAAUUAUAUGCUUGGACAAUUAGGCUUAAGUUGCUACUUUUAGUAAUUUUGUACUUCACCUUUGCUUUUACAUGGUAACAAGGGUUUUUAGAUGUUUAAUUAAGAAAAAAAUGAGAACAAUAAACUUACAAAGUGAAUACAACUCAUUCACAAGUUGUUACAAUUAACUGUCAGUAUGAGUGACAUUCAUGUAGAUUUGGUGCUAAUGUAUAAAGAAUCAAAAGUGGAAAGGAUAUUGUGUUCUUCACUAAAACAAUGUUGUUUUGACAAUUCUAAUUUGAAAGUAAAGUAUAUGAAGAAUGUAUUUUGAGAGAAGCUACAGAGGGUUUUAAUUCAAGAUCUUUUCCUUUUUGCAGCUUUAGAGAUUUCAGCGACAGUGUGUCAGCAAUACUGCCUAACGAAUAGUUGGUUGCCUGAAUUAUUUUUCUCUUAUUCUGUGAAGGAAACAAAUAUGAUGUGACUAUAGGUUUACAUGAACCUAUUGGUGGGCCAAAAUGUAAUAAAAAAGUACAUGAUUCCAA